UAUUCAAUUGAAAACAUUCUCGUGAAAGGGGAACAAAAUUUUAGUUUUACACAAAUAAAAAUAUAAAAUAAAAAGUAUGGACGGCAAAAAAAACGGGAUGGCAACAUGUGAACCAGCUUACAAGUUCCAGAAAGCAGCGAACAUUACAAUCAAUGGCUAUCUAAACUUUUUGACCGAAUACAAAAAGCGAUAUUGCGGAAUUUCCCCACAGGUCGUGAUACGUUUUGGAGCUAGAGAAUGGAACAAGAUGAGCCUCCAGGAAAAGGAACGGUUUAAUCAUAUGAAACAACCUCAAGUGCUUAAGAGUAUGUCCCAUGGGGACAGCCCCGAUAAGUCUGAGUGGUUGAAACGUAGUCCAGUUCGCUCUCCAUAUUCCCGUGAAAGGGAGUCCCGGAACAAAAAGAAAAGGAAGCCUUCCAAAUCAAUCAAGGACCAAAUCAAGAAGAAGGCCGGACCUCCUUCGCUUCAGCCAAAGAAACGCGGCUUUAUACCCUUCAUGCGCACGUUUCAAAGAUUGAAUAAGGACUUGCCGCCCAAUGAUAUGUUGAAAAAGGCAACUCGUAUUUGGUGCCGCCUACAUAAACGCCACCGCAAACCAUUUUAGAACCCACUUUGAAUUGUGAGAACUGGAUUGAAAACACUUUCAAAUUUUACACGUGCUUAUAUAUGGGUAAUUCAAGGGAAUCGCUCCGGACCUACGUACACAUUCAUAAUAAAUAAAAUUCCAACUUCAAAUGA